AUGGUGGUUCGGCCAACUGCGCCCCCAUCACCACAAGAAACGACAGUCAUGCUCCCCUCCCCCGCCCGAACCGCCACCUUACUCUCCAAUUUAGCAUCGGUAUCGUCGCGCGUCAACACAGCCGCAGCCAAAGCAACAACCAGGUCAAAUCCCAUCCGACUCAUUGCCGUUUCCAAGCUCAAGCCCGCCUCCGACGUCCUAGCCCUUCACCAAUCCCCUACCGCCCACCUGCACUUCGGCGAAAAUUAUCUGCAGGAACUGCAGGAGAAAUCCAAGCUCCUCCCCGCCACCAUCAAAUGGCACUUCAUCGGCGGCCUGCAGUCGAAUAAAUGCGUGACCCUGGCACGGGACGUGCGGGGCCUCUGGGCCGUCGAGAGUGUCGAUUCCGAGAAGAAAGCUUCCCUCUUGGAUAGAGGGUGGGGGGAGCGGUCGCCCGACCUGCGCGCCACCGACGACGGGUCCCAACUGCGCGUAUUUGUGCAGGUGAACACGUCCGGCGAGGAGAAUAAGUCGGGCGUCGACCCCCUUUCCGGUGCCGUGUCGCUCUGUCGCUUUAUCCGGGAGAGGUGUCCGCGGCUGAAGCUGCAGGGGGUGAUGACCAUUGGCGCGAUUGCCAGGUCCAAGGCAACCACGCCGGAGACCGAGAACGAGGAUUUUGUGUGCUUGCGCGAGACUCGCGAUCGGAUUGUCGGCGAGUUGGGAUUGGAGGGGGAUGAUGCCCGGUUAGAACUGAGUAUGGGUAUGAGCGAGGACUUUGAGGGCGCCAUUGCCAUGGGCAGUGAUCAGGUUCGCGUAGGAACCACCAUCUUUGGCGAGAGACCACCCAAGGAUCAGGCUAGAGUGAUCUAA